AUGAUACCAAAUGUCGUGCCAGAGCAGGUCCACAGGUAUGCGUCAUUCACUAGAGAUUGCGGACGCUAUGAUCAUACGUUUCAGCUCCUCGGAUACUUCCUCAACUGGGCUCUACUAGGGAUAUUGCUCACACAAGUCUAUCUAUACUAUUUGUGGUUUCCCGAGGACAGAAAGAUUAUGAAAUGUUUGGUUUAUGGCUUGGCAAUCUUCGAGACUGUCCAGACAUCUCUCACCACUGCUGCGGCAUUCGAUCAGUACAUUUAUUCCGACGGGGAUACCUCACGGGUUGAUACAUUGCCCUUUGUCUGGUUUUCUGUGCCUGUUAUGGCGGCAAUCACUGCCGCUGUGGUGCAAAUCUUCUAUGCGUGGCGAAUAUUCAUGCUGGCCCAUUCAUCAAACUACGUUCUACCUAUGAUGGUGGUGAUUCUUGCUUUGUUUCAGUUGGGAGCAGGUACCGCAGGCGGAGUCAAGGUUGUACUUUAUAUCCCAUGUCCGUGGACUAGUCUACUCACCCGUACCACGCAGGCUUGGCUUGUCGGCGCCGCUGUUAAUGAUGUAGUUAUUGCAGUUGCAAUGACGAUCCUCCUACUAAGAGCUAAAACAGGGAUAGCCAGAAUGGAUGCCAUCCUGAGUGGGAUCAUACGCCUUUCCGUCGAGACAGGAAGUCUCACAGGUCAGCCCUUUGUCAGAAAGCCCUGA